GUGCAGACGAUUAGGGGAAGUAGAUUCGACUGUCAGUCUGCAGACGGAAGUUUGUUGUAGCUAGCUAUCGCCCUAACCCAGACAACAAGGAUUCAGCUAGCUGUUCUGGGUCAGACCAUGUGCCUCCUUGGACAAUCCCGUGGCAUGAAGCUGUAAAGUGAGGAGGGGGAAAGUACCCCUGUUUGCUACAGAACCACAAUGUCCUCUCUGAGUCCUCCUCGAUUACCCCUUGCCUCCACCUCCUUUUCGGAAUACAGUGGUUGUGGUUACAUUGCUGCCGCUGCUGCUGCUGCUGCUGUUACAGUUCAGUCUGCUGAGCAGACCCUAUUGGGCUCAGAUCGCUAUGCCCGGCUCAUCUUGGCCCAGAUGAACAAGAUGCGCCUGCGCGCCGACUUCUGUGACGUCGGACUGAGGGUGGGUGGACGAGUGUUCCGUGUGCACAGGCUGGUCCUGGCUGCCAGCAGCCCCUACUUCACCGCCUUGUUCUCUGGGAGGAUGAGCGAGGCUGACAAGGAAGAGGUGCAGAUCCUGGGAGUGGAGGCCAAGGUCUUUGAAGUCCUGGUGGAAUUCAUCUACACAGGUACCAUCAGUGUGUCGGUGGAGAACGUUCAGGAAUUGAUAGUGGCAGCUGACAUGCUCCAGCUGUCUGAGGUGGUGUCUAUCUGUGGAGAGUUCCUGAAGGGACAUCUGGACCCCUCCAACUGUGUGGGCAUCUACCAGUUCCUGGAGCAGAUAGCUUGUGUGGACAUGCUGGAGUUCACUGAGGACUACAUCCAUGUCCACUUCCUGGAGGUGUGCGUGUCGGAUGAGUUCUGGGGCUUGUCCAAGGAUCAGCUGGUGAAGCUGCUACGCAGCGAGGAGCUGAGGAUCGAGGAUGAGUACCAGGUGUUCACCGCCGCCAUGGACUGGGUCCUCCAGGAUGUGGCCAGGAAGAAGAAGUACGUGGUGGAGGUCCUGGAUCCAGUCCGCUUCCCCCUGCUCUCCCCUCAGAGGCUCUUCAAAUACAUUGAAGGCAUUUCAGACUUCAGCCUCCGGGUGGCGCUGCAGACUCUGCUCAGGGAAUACACCGAAGUCAGCAAGUCUCCCAAGGAGAAUAAGAUGUACAGUCUGUUACAGCCAGCCAAGAUGAGGCCUAGGAGGAAGGCCAGGAAAUAUCUUUAUGCCAUUGGAGGCUACACUCGGCUGCAGGGCGGUCGCUGGAGUGACAGCCGGGCCCUGAGCUGCGUGGAGCGGUUCGACUCCUUCAGUCUGUACUGGACCACCGUGUCCUCCCUGCACCAGGCCCGCAGCGGGCUAGGAGUGGCCGUGCUGGAGGGCAUGAUCUACGUUGUGGGAGGGGAGAAGGACUCCAUGAUCUUUGACUGCACAGAGAGGUACGACCCAGUGACCAAGCAGUGGGCGGCUGUGGCCUCUCUCAACUUCCCUCGCUGUGGUGUGGGGGUGUGCCCCUGUCACGGGGCGCUCUACGCCCUAGGUGGCUGGGUCGGGUCGGAGAUCGGGAAGACGAUGGAGCGCUACGACCCGGCCGAGAACAAGUGGGAGAUCAUCGGAAACAUGGCCGUUCCCCGCUACUACUUCGGCUGCUGCGAGUUACAGGGAUUCAUCUAUGUGAUUGGGGGGAUCAGUGAUGAGGGGGUGGAGCUGCGCUCGGCGGAGGUAUACGACCCCAUCUCCAACCGCUGGAGCGCGCUGCCCGUCAUGGUGACGCGGCGGGCCUACGUGGGCGUGGCCUGCCUUAACAACUGCAUCUACGCCGUGGGAGGCUGGAACGAGGCGCUGGGGUCGCUGGAGACGGUGGAGAAGUACUGCCCAGAGGAGGAAAAGUGGGUUGAGGUGGCCCCCAUGGCAGUGGCACGGGCAGGGGUGUCUGUCUCAGCAGUCAACGGUCUGCUCUAUGCCGUCGGGGGCCGGGCCUCCAGUAGAGACUUCUCAGCCCCAGUGACGGUGGACUCUGUGGAGAUCUACGACCCUCACCUGGACACCUGGACUGAGAUUGGCAACAUGAUUACCAGCCGCUGUGACGGAGGGGUGGCCGUGCUCUGAGAGCCCCCAGUGGAACUGUUCCCAAGUCAGAUACCAGUCUUUCUACCCACUGUUUCAAACAUGGCCUUCACCAGCUUUCGGUCUCUGUGUGCCAGCCAUUGUAGGAUCUACAUGUCCACAUGAUACGUCCCUGGCCCUUAAACAGAAACCCAGCAUUUAUCAACACAGUAGCUUUAGUUAGUCUAGAUCCGGGCUAUUCAGCCCUGUUCCUGGAGAGCCCCCUUUCUCCAACCCCAGUUGUAACUAACCUGAUUCAGCACAUCAGUAUUAGAAUAAGGUGUACUAUUUCAGGAUUGGAGCGAAAGUUUACAGAAAAGCUCUCAAGACUUGACCUCUCAAGGCUUGGAGAACUCGGAUCUAAAGUUAGUCAAAACUCUGUAGGCCUGGAUCGAUGGAUAUCAAGAGUACUCUACAUUAUUAUUAAGUGCUUGUUUUACCUUUUCACGUCACACUUUACUUACAAAGUACAUUGAACACUGAGCCAAACAUGACUGGAAUACUGCCAACAAACUGUUCAUUUAAACGUGUAAUUUCUUCCCUUACAAAAGACACCAACCGGACAUUCCAGCAUAAAAAGUGUAUAAUUAUUUUUCAUUGUUUACUUUAUCUUAUAUGGAUAAGACAACAUUAGUAAUUUUAGGAUGUAUGGUAAUUUACUACCAUGAGACAUUAGAACUGGUUCUCUAUGCCCUAAGGGACUUCCUGAUUCCUGUACAAAGGACCUGAGUAUGCUGAUUUACACCAUUUCCUCUGUGUAUGAGGUGUGCUUCAGAAAGUACGAGUGGUUGUCACUGUCUUAUCUGAUUUAAUGCUGCUAACGGUACACAUUUCGGAGACUGCAGUACGUUUUCAACAUUACUUGAGCAAAGGCUCUAUGAUACUUACAGUAUGCUUUUAAUGCUAGUUAGCCAUUUUAAUUUGACAGGUUUCUGCUGUAAAUUAGUUCACAACUAUAAAAAAUUCAUGUUGAUUGCUAAGGUUAUGUCCCACAUUACUGUUUGCAAUCAGUAAUUUUGUUCAGCGUGUCUGUGUCUUUGUCUGCUGCUGAUAGGCAACUAUGGUAUUGAAAUAUCUACUGUAAAUAUCAGUGUUGGUUGGCGUAGCCACCAAUUUCAGUCAAGUAUGGAACUCUUUUGUCACCUUAAGCACCAACACAGGGUUAGUGUGUUUUAAAAUGUCAGCGUUCU